CCAGCCAAGAGAGUGUGAGAGCCACAACGUACCUCAAGCCAGAAGUGUUGAGAAUAUCGCUGCUCCUUUUGUGCGGGAUGAGUGAUCAGGGGCUGCUCACCACAUUUGGAACGCCCUUGACGCUGUAAUUUCUGUCGACGAAGCAUCGGGCUUGUUCCGGUUGAUACUACAACUUGGCGAGUGCUUGGAGACUGCAUAGAUCAAAAUUCUGGAGACAGCUUGGUAUCUCGGGACUCGCCGUCAAAGAUUCUAAGGAUGUUCACGACCUAUAGAACUUAUAGUUACUUAUUGGGAAGUUUAUGUAUCGCACGCCUCUUGCCCAGGCUGGUUAUUUCCUGGAUGCCCUCAAAAAAGUGGCGAAACAAAAAUAGGCCCUACUCCGAGUCGGGGGUACUCAAACCCAUCCGAAUGUUCAGUGCAAACCCGUUCCUCAUGGCAUUCCUCAAAAUUGUUAUCGCCUACGAUUAUGUCCUGUUAGACAAUCCCCAGCUCGGAUUCGACGUGCCAUUCGUGGCACGUGUUUACGUUGCAGUGGAACCCAGUAAUAUCCUGGACUUCUUUGAAUUAUGUCUCAAUGACCAGGCAGUUCGGAAGAAACUUCAAGGGAUGUUGCAAGUUCGUUGCGUCACCGUCGCUCCAUGCCAUCCAAGCACGCAAGGUUUCCUUACGCCAGAGCAGCUACAGAUGUGGCGUGAGGCUCGAGCACAGUAUAACGCAGGAGGUUUCGCAGAAGAUCCCGUAGGACUCAUAGAGUUCAUCGACUACAGUUGUGCAGAGGACUUGGUGAACUCAGUGACCUCUCAGUUGCUCAUCCCCGCUGCUAUGCUUGAUAAUGCAAGGGCACGCGAGCCCUUCGCAGGUCUCUCGACUGUCACAGGCACGCAGUUCAACGAACCCAUGAGCGCUGCGACAUGUUUACAGUACCUCAACUUGUAUAUUCGGGCGGACGAGCGGAAUCAGUUGUAUAUGCGGCUUAAGAUGACAAAACAAGACAUAGAAAUCCUUCGCGCUGCAGGUCGUAAUGAGAUUCUUAUCCGGUUAGAGAAGAUGGAAAGAGAACAUCUCUUUGGUAAUAUUUUCAUGCAAAAUGGGCGAGUGAUUCGUUAUCUCUUUUACUUGUUCCUUGUCUUUCUUCUUGGCUACUCGUUCUGGGUCGCCGCUAUGUAAUGUUCUCCCAUUCG